GUUCUUCCAGGUCAAGGCAAGCGGUCAAGGUAGUCUUCGUGGUGCAUAAAUUUACGUCAAUCAAUAUAUAUAUGGAUCAGGAAAACAUUUCCUCAAUUAAUAUGGAGUGAUCGGAACUUUGUCGUGUACAUGAAGUUGUGCGGGAGCUUAGACACAUUGGAGAUGGAAAGGGACGUACCACCGUACCACAACACACAGCACGCACAGAAGGCAUUUAUUGUUCUAAAUGUUCUGCGAAAGCACGAAGCAACUGUGUGACGUCGUGUUGUUGGUUAGUGGUGUUGAGGUACCGGCACACAAGGCGGUGCUGGCCUCCUGCAGCCCUUACUUCUAUGCCAUGUUCACAGGUGAACUGAGCGAGAGCAAAGCCGAAAGGAUACCCAUCCAGGGUAUUGACCCCAAGGCCCUAUCACAUCUAGUUGAUUUUGUGUACACGUCUGAAAUUCAUGUCACGGAGGAAAAUGUACAGGUGCUGCUGCCUGCUGCCAACCUUCUGCAGCUGAUAGAGGUACGAGAUGCGUGCAGUGAGUUCCUGAAGGCCCAGCUGGACCCGUCAAACUGUCUCGGCAUCCGCGCGUUCGCAGACGUUCACGCGUGCACCGACCUGCUCCAAUACGCUCACCAGUUCACCGAGCAGCACUUCAGUAGAGUUAAAGAGUCGAGAGCGUUUAAUUCGAUCAGUAGUCACCAGAUGGUGUUCGAGGCGGUGAUAGCGUGGAUCCGCUACGGUGCCGAGCAUCGGCAGCAGCACACGGCGCAGCUGAUGGAGUACGUGCGUCUGCCACUCCUGCCGCAGGAUUACCUCAUCCAGACUGUGGAGGAUGAGCCGCUCAUCCGCACGAAUCCCGUCUGCAAGGACUUCCUUAUCGAGGCGAUGAAGUUUCACCUGUUGAAGGGCGAGCAGAAGGUCAUGUUCCAGACACCGCGCACCAAGCCGCGCACGCCUGUCGGCCUGCCCAAGGUGAUGCUGGUGAUAGGCGGGCAGGCACCAAAGGCCAUCAAGUCUGUCGAGUGUUACGACUUCAAGGAGGACAAGUGGUACCCAGUGUCGGACAUGCUGUGCCGAAGAUGCAGGGCUGGUGUCGCAGUGCUGAACGGACAGGUGUACGCCGUCGGCGGCUUCAACGGGAACCUGCGCGUGCGAACGGUCGACGCGUUCGCUCCCGGCAAGGACCAGUGGACGUCCAUGCAGUGUAGUGCUAUGGGUUUGAACUCUGUGGAGUCGUUCGACCCGGGCGCCAACGAGUGGAAGAUGGUUACGCCGAUGAGUACCAGGAGGAGCAGCGUCGGCGUCGGCGUCGUCAACGGUCUGCUAUACGCGGUGGGCGGCUACGACGGCGUGUCGCGGCAGUGCCUGCCGUCGGUCGAGUGCUACCACCCCGCGCUGAACAAGUGGACGCACGUCGUCGAGAUGUCCGCCCGACGCAGCGGCGCCGGUGUCGGCGUACUGGAUGGCCUACUCUACGCCGUCGGCGGCCAUGACGGACCGCUCGUCAGAAAGACUGUCGAGUGUUUCAACACGGAGACCAACUCCUGGACGCCCGUUGCCGACAUGUCGAUGUGCCGACGCAACGCCGGCGUGACGGCUGUAGACGGGCUCCUGUACGUUGUCGGCGGUGACGACGGAUCGUCGAACCUGACGUCGGUGGAAGUCUACGACCCGAAGGUCGACGUGUGGACGCUGCUGCCGGCGUGCAUGAGCAUCGGACGCAGCUACGCCGGCGUCGUCGUGAUCGACAAACCAAGCCACCUGGUGUGAGAAAGCGACAACGACAAACCAAGCCACCUGGUGUGAGAAAGCGAUAACGACAAACCAAGCCACCUAGUGUGAGGAAGCGGCGUCGGCGUCGUAGACGAUAAACUCUGCCACCUGGUGUGAAGAGAAUGCGGCGACGUCGUCGACAAACACUGCCACCUGGUGUGAGGAAGCGGCGACGAUGUUGUCAGCAAACUUGGCCACCUGGUGUGAGAAAGCGGCGACGACAUCGAACUUAGUCACUUGGUGUGAAAAAAGGCGAAAUCGUCACAGGCGAAAUCGUCACAGACGAACCAAGCCACCCGGUGUGAGAAAGCGGCGACAUUGUCAUCGACAAACUCUGGCGACAACAUCAUCAUCGACAAACUCUGCCAUCUAGUGUGAGAAAACUGCGACAUUGUCGACAACCCCUGCCACCUGGUGUCGGAACAAGAAGGACGUGAAUACACGAGUGUUCGACCUUGCGAAUCGACCGAGCGUCUCGAUUCGUGCAGCAGCGAGUGUGUGUACAGAUGUGAAUAAUCAUGUAUAGCAAAUUGAACUUUGCGAGUGUAAAUAGAUAAAUGCAUUGUAAAUAGAACGCAUGCUAGCUUCGCGAAACGAGAAAUUCUGAUCUCUGAAGAUGUUCAAAGCGAAUAGCGCCGUCAAACGGGACCUCGUGAGACGUGGGUGCAUGCUUAGUUCAGCGAUGGGUAAAAUUUCAAUUGCGUGUUGUGGGGAGAUCGCGUGACUUAAUUUUCAUACAGCUUGUCUGUGAUGCUGCGUGAUAGUGGGUAAACAGUAGUAGCUGGCGCCGGCAUGCGACUGGCAACAUAGGGCGUGUUUGUUUAGUCUUGAUCCACUGGAUCGAACCCUAAGCCAAACAAAUGCAAACUCACUUUCAACGGUUCACGUUGCGCUGUGACCUAUCACGGGAUGGUUCAUAACAAAGAACAAGC